GGCGAUGAGGAGCCUCAGGAACUACUGGUGUUCGGAUACGGCUGCAAAUUAUUUCGGGACGAUGAGAAGGCGAAAAUGAUUGAUCAGGGGAAGCAUUUGAUACCGUGGAUGGGCGAUAGCACAUUGAAGAUAGACAGGUCCGUUUCUCUAACCUAGCAAAACCAAAAAAUUUCAAAAAUCACCUAAAAAUAUAAACCAAAUAAAAUAAUGAAUCGAAAGAAACCAACAGUUAUCGUCUUCUAGGAAUAAUUCAUAAGAUUUAUUUAUCUCUUGUAACGCUCAUUGGUUACGUUUGAAAACCACCAAGAGACAUGAGAGAAUCUUUGCAAAGUUAGAGGCUUCGCGCAGACGAGGAAAACAAACAAAUUGUGUGAUCUCGACGUGCGGGGGCGAUGAAGAACAAUAAAAUUUAAAAUCAAGAAAAAGAUUAUUUUCUUAAUGAACGUGCGAAUAACGAUUGAAAAAUAAAUGAAAAAAAUAAGAAACGUAUCACGCACGGAUAAGCAUUCUUGGAGACUGUUUAAGGUUUCUGCAGGUGUAUUGGUCAAUCGAGGUGUGACAGCGUGCGCCGUUAUGGCGUUACACAGUAAGAUGCUUGCGAGUGAAGUGGUGCUUGCCGCCGAGCGUCCCAGCAGCAAGGUGAGACACAGCGUAGAGAGACAAGUGGCAAGCCGGCGGUCGUAUCUAUUUUUGUUUGUUACGAUCGUGCGGCAUGGUAUGUAUUAGAGUCAAACGAAUGAACAAGACAAAAAGAUACAACAAAAAUGUAACUAUAACAAAAUUUAGACAAAAGAUUGAUUUCAAAUAAACAAAUGGCAAAAAAAAAUUUUUGGUCGAAACUGUUCUAAUAUACAUAUCUACUUUUGCUAGAAGAAAGUACUCGUCGAAAUAUUUAUAAUAUUUUCAUAAUUGUUCCACUAAGUGACCCUCCUUUUUGACUCUGAGCCAUCUGAAAAACAAUACUUUUUUGUUUUUUUUUUAUUACAUUCUCUUUUACAGGGAUCCCUGAGAGUUGGAAUUGUCUCAUUGAUUCUCUAUUUAUUUGCAGAUGGCCCGUGAGAGCAGUGAAUGAACUUAGAGAGGAAGCAAGCUUAUCUUGGCUGAAAAACUAAUUCAAACUUUAUGUGUCUAUAGAUACGAUGGACGCGGGGCACUGGCUGAUCUCAGAAGUCACGAACCUCCAUCCGGUGGAUAUGACCAGAGAACCAUGCUCACCGAGGAUGAAAUUCGGGUGGAACAACUUUGCGAUGACGAACGAUAUCAUUCGCUGCACAACAAUGAUGUUGAAGAAGCAUCUUAUCAUGAAGAAGAGAUAAAACGUUUGCAUCAAGCCCUCGGCUCCGAGAAUACGUAUGGUCAAGUCUCUUACAACUACAAUGAUGAUCAAGACAGCCAAAAGGCGCUUAGCGAAGAGACUCAAAGUCCAAAGCCAUCCGAUGGUUCGCAAGACGAUGAAGAUCAAGCAUUCGUCGUUCCGCCAGAGUUGGAAAUUCCAGAGGACAUGACUCUGCCUGAAACACAAAAGCUCAAUGCAAUUAUCUCAAAAACAGCAUUAUUCAUAAGUCGCCAAGGUGGUCAAAUGGAAAUUCUGAUCAAAGCGAAACAAGCAAACAAUCCACAGUUUUCGUUUCUCUCAAUCGAUGGAUCACUUCACCCAUAUUAUAGACUGGUACUUGAGGCUAUCAAAUCAGGGAAAUACAAUCCGGAAAAACAACCCGAGAAGGAGGAAUCCGUAGAAUCUGCCGAAGAAUCGGACGAAGAUGACGAGCCCUAUCUUCACCCAAGCCUUGCCUCGUCCCUCACCAAAGUUGAAGCGGCACCCAGUAUACCGAGUAUACAGUACAAACCGUCUGCUGACUGCGCUUAUUCCAUGCUGGUCAACAAGAUAACAGGGAAACCACCGCCGCUCCGUGUACCGCCGCCACUGCCACCAGAAGUGCCUGUUCAAACUGUACAAACUGCAUAUUAUCCUCCUUAUCCGACCGUCCAAACUUGCACACCUGUUUAUCCGCCCGCACCUCAGCAAUACUCUCAUGGCCCUGUAUUAUACGGUUCCGGUGGUCAGGCAAAAUCACCGCCUCGUGGAACGCCAACGGUAGCUUCGACGAACGAGGAAAAUCCGGGUACUCCGAUGAUCAAAGAGAGCGUAGUACCGCUGGUGCCAUACGGUCCAACCCCACCGAAGCCUCUGAGCCGUCCAUCUUUUAUUGUACCGCCAGCCGACGUACAGAUUAUAAUUGACAAAAUGGCAAGUUAUGUAGCGAAAAAUGGUCGGGACUUUGAAGCCAUAGUGAAGAACAAAGGAGAUCCGAGGUUCAAUUUCCUCGAAUUAUCUCAUCAAUAUCACGGCUAUUACGCUCACAAACUGACCAUAUACGAAGGUGCGGUUAAUCCGAAAGUUCUGACGGAAGAAGAAUUGCUGAGGAAGCAAGAACCUCAAGAGGAGAAGCAGAAAAAACUCGAGGAGCUGCAGAAGAAACAACAAAGAAUGGAGGAAGUUCAGAAGCGAGUUAAAAUGAUACAGGCGAAAAAGAAAACCGACGCGAGAGACGAGGGUGCAAACAAGCUGAUAACCACAGUUUCAUUUUCCAUUAAAAAACCCAAAGACGGUGACGCGCCAGUGAUCGAAAAACGUAGCGCGUUACCACUCGAGGAGAGUGACGAGGAGGUCGACGAGGAGAAAAAGGACAAUGGAUCGAAGACCGGUUCGCCGAAUGAAACGAACGAGGACAACAAUCGAGUGUUUAAAAUCGAGAAGGAAACGACCAAAGUCGAAAUACCUCAAAAAAACGAAGAGAAAGAACUCGUCGAUCUUACGGACGAUAUAUUCGAGGAUUGUCAAAAGGAAGUCCAUCACAAAGAAACGGAGGAGGAUCGCGUACGAGAGAAAACUGUGUUAGAAAAUAAAGAAAAACACGUUGGAACUUCCCGGGAACGACUAUUGCAGUUGGAGAGAAAGAAAAAAGCUGCUAUGUUCCUCAGUCAAAUCGUUCAACAAACACCAAUCGUACCAAUAGUUAAUAUGGAAACGAGAAUCGAAGACGACGACUCGGACGAAAUACAGUCGUUACCUUCACCUAGUCAUGAAGAUACGGAAACAUCCAGUUCUCGAAUCAACGCGGCUACUUCUCUCAUGAAUCGACUCAAGAGCGCCGAUCUCAGUGGUAAACGACCAAGACCCCAAUCGAGGAGUCGAAGCGGAAGUCGAGACAACCCUUCCGAUCGUCACAGGAGUCAUAAAAAGCAUAAAAAGAAAAAGACUGCUCACAGAAGCAGUCACGACAGUCCCAGCGGCUCACGUUCCCACAAAUCAAAGAAAAGCAAAAAAUCGGUAUCGAGGCAUCGUACGCGUUCGCGUUCACCAGGAAGGAGACACCAAUCCGAAGCAAAACGCUCGCGAGCCGGAAGCGACACGAGCAGUUCAAAUUCCAGUGAGCUUUGAAAAAAGAUAUCGGAGGAAUGAUUCAAUGCGUUAUGAUCAUGCGAGAUUGUACAUAUAUACAUAUAUACAUAUGAAUUAACGACUUGUCAUAAUCGCCGAUGGAUUUAAUACGAAGUUUCGAUCUCGAGCUACGAAAAAAAAUGAUCCAAUAAAUAACUACGGAAAGAAAAAAAUGUUAAAAAUCAAA